AUGGAGGAAGAAGUUGCUGCGCUCGUCAUUGACAAUGGCUCUGGUAUGUGCAAAGCUGGCUUUGCUGGCGACGAUGCGCCUCGGGCUGUCUUCCCAUCUAUCGUCGGUCGACCUCGUCACCAUGGUAUCAUGAUCGGUAUGGGUCAGAAAGACUCGUACGUCGGCGAUGAGGCCCAGUCCAAGCGUGGUAUCUUGACCCUGCGAUAUCCCAUCGAACACGGUGUCGUGACGAACUGGGACGACAUGGAAAAGAUUUGGCACCACACUUUCUACAACGAACUUCGUGUCGCCCCCGAAGAGCACCCCGUGCUCUUGACCGAAGCCCCCAUCAACCCCAAAUCCAACAGAGAGAAGAUGACACAGAUCGUCUUCGAGACUUUCAACGCACCCGCCUUCUACGUUUCCAUCCAGGCCGUCCUCUCUCUGUAUGCCUCGGGUCGCACAACUGGUAUUGUGUUGGACUCUGGCGACGGUGUCACCCACGUCGUCCCCAUCUACGAGGGUUUCGCUCUUCCUCACGCCAUCUCCCGUGUUGAUAUGGCUGGUCGUGAUUUGACCGACUACCUGAUGAAGAUCCUGGCUGAGCGCGGUUACACCUUCUCCACCACUGCCGAGCGAGAAAUCGUCCGAGAUAUCAAGGAGAAAUUGUGCUACGUCGCCCUCGACUUCGAGCAAGAGAUUCAGACCGCUUCCCAGAGCUCUAGCCUGGAGAAGUCUUAUGAGCUUCCUGACGGUCAGGUUAUCACCAUCGGGAACGAGCGGUUCCGAGCCCCUGAGGCCCUCUUCCAACCAAGCGUUCUUGGUCUCGAGUCCGGCGGUAUCCACGUCACUACCUUCAACUCCAUCAUGAAAUGCGACGUUGAUGUUCGAAAGGACUUGUACGGCAACAUUGUCAUGUCUGGUGGUACUACCAUGUACCCAGGUAUCUCCGACCGCAUGCAGAAGGAAAUCACGGCCCUCGCUCCAUCGUCCAUGAAGGUCAAGAUCAUUGCUCCUCCUGAGCGCAAAUACUCCGUUUGGAUCGGUGGUUCCAUUUUGGCCUCUCUUUCAACCUUCCAGCAGAUGUGGAUCUCCAAGCAGGAGUACGAUGAAAGCGGCCCUUCCAUUGUCCACCGCAAGUGCUUCUAA